UAAUGCUAUUGAAGUGUUGGAACUCUAGUCUACAAUUUCGUUCUGCAGAGGACUUUAUCCUUCGCUGGGGAACACAUUACAUCAAAUCAGGAAAAUUUGGCGGCCGCAUGCAGAUUUUCAAAACAAUGGAAGCCAGCGAAGUUGCCAGUAAGGAAGAGUUUAGUCAAGUCAUGGAAUUUGAAUAUAGGAAUUUGUUUAUGAGCAUCAAUAAUAGACAAGAAAAAUCGGAAGAAAGCAGCGAAAAGACUCAGAGUAAAACGUCAUCUACUUCCUUUACUGUAGAAGGAGGGGACCAAGAGAUAGCUUCGCUUAUUUCUGAUUUUAACUCGCCAACUAUUAAGGCUGACAUCGUGCAGUGGCUUGAAUCCAUUCGCACUUUUCCAAAGCCAUUCAAGUUCGUUCUUGCGCCAAUCACGGACUUGCUGAAGUUCAGUGCCCACGCCCUAUUUCCCGAUGAAGAGACAGACUGGGGCUGUGAAGCACAUAGUAGGAACUUAAAGUUAGACCCAGACAGCGGGGAAGCUUACUACGAGAUUACAAUCAAUGGAACCAAGACCAAGAAAUACUGCGAGUACAUGAAUCGUGAUGAACUCAUGACUUCAAUAGAAAAGAGGAGAGGAAGUUUAGAGAAAGCCAUUCGUGUUUACAUGGAAGAGGGCCCGAUAUCUGUCUCUGAAAUUAACUUGCCCGCUGGAAGUCCAGGAUGCCAGACGGACAACUUCAAAUACCAGCAAUCAGCUGGAAAACUUUCUUGGAAAGACAUGACGGAAGAUGGGAAAGUUUUUCUUGUUAUCUUCGACAUGAAAGAAGAUCUUACUGGGACUUUCAAUGGUGCCAGAAAGAUAACGGCUCAGAUGGAAGUAUAUGUGAAGUACUUUUAUGGAACAUGGUUUACAGGAAGCUCCUAUGAUGACUUUGAUGUGUCAACAGCCUGCCGUAAAGGUGAGGGUAGCAAACGGAACGUCUGUAUCUUGGGCAUGGUUUUGACGUACGAUCCAGAAAGUGGAUUUCUCAGCAUGGCUAAAGAUGACUUGGCAGUUUCCAAGGAAGCUUAUCCAGAUCUGACCAUGGACGAGGAUGAGUCUGACUUGCUAGUGGCACAUGCGGAAUGGCCAGAAAGUCGUGUUUUUGAAGUAGAUGAAGUGAUUGGUUACCUUCCAUGUAAUGUAAAAUGGUCCAACGCAAUGCGUUUUGACCCAACAAGUGAUGUGGAAGGGAAGUGCAUUCAAUUUACCGCCUCCUCGAAGGGAACUGUCUUCGUAAUCUUCUCAGUCAUUCCAGAUGACAAAGAUACUUGGUACUAUGUUCAGAUUUCUCCUCAUGGCGUUGGGAUUUUCAAGGCUCAGAAGUUAGUGGUUUCAACAGUCGAUGUCGGGGCAGUUGGACUGGGCUCCACUAUUCUGUACCAGACCUAUUUCGUAUGUUUGAAAGAAACUUCCCACCGCACUGUGAUAGAAUAUGGGAAAGGCAGAGGAUCCGCUGAAGGCGGCGACGUCUUCCUUACCAUGAUCGAUGAAGAACACCCUCUCUUUGUGCGAUUUUAUUCCUUUGGUAACGGCGAGGAUCCUCUCGACAUAGUGGACGCUCAUAUUGUUCUUAGAAGUCUGCUGAAAGCGACCUGCAGAGGGGACACAUCUUUGGAUGUCGUAAGCAACAUGUGCUUACAGAGCUGUCACGAGUUCUGUGAUCCAGAUCGAGGAUGUCGAAGAACUUCUAGUAGCACACCAUUAGCAACAGAUUGCAACGCAUGCCGGUAUGUAAAGAACGCACAGACAGGCGAGUGUCUGAAGGAGUGUCCAGCGGAAUGGGACCAAAUUAAGGGCAAUGAAUGCUAUCCUAAAUUGACGAGUAAGUUGAGGAGUAUAAUUUACUGUUUAGCACUGAUAUAUAUUCAUUUCCAGGAAACAGGCAGGACGACUCAACUCCGAGAGAGAGGGACUGAUAUUUUCACACUACCUAAAACAUGUACGCCAUAAAAGAAUAGUGUCCUCAAUGUCGAAAUUUUUAACCUACGGUGGGUGGGUAAAUGUCGAUAUUGCU